ACAAAUAAGCAAAAAACCACCGACACCCUUCAAUCAUCUUCCAAAAAUGCAUAACUUCUUCAUCAUCACAUUUCUGAUCCUCUUCUUCUUCUACAGUAAACCCUCCGCCGCUUUAGGCGAAGGGACACUCGCGGGCGGUUGGAAGCCCAUACCCAAUGUCACUGACGCUACAGUCGUGGACAUCGGCCAGUUCGCGGUCGAUGAGCACAACAAGGAGGAACAUGUGUCUCUUAAGUUUGUGAAAGUUGUUAAAGGAGAGAGUCAAGUGGUGGCUGGAAUGAAUUACAAUUUGACGGUCACCGCGGCGGAUGGUGGUGUCGAGAGUAGUUAUGUGGCGUUUGUUUGGGACAAACCUUGGCAGAAGUUCAGGCAGCUGGUGUCGUUUAAAGGACCUGUUUGAUGUAAAAUAUAUAUAUAUACAUAUAUAUGCAGGUUUUUGUUUUGUGUUUUGGAAUGUGUAAUAGUUGAUGAUAGUUUCGGUAUCGGUACUAUCAGAAUCGUUAUAAUUAAAUAAAUGGAGAUCAGAUCAUAAUACAUAAUAAUACAUAAGUGUUUAGAUUGGUGUUUU